UCGCCUUCUCGAGAGAGAGAGAGAGAGAGAGAGAGAGAGAGAGAGAGAGAAAGAAAGAAAGAAGACCAACCAUGCAUUAACUCAAGGCUUUUUUUCCUUCUUUCUAUUGUUUUUUAUUCUAAUAAGAAAAAAGGAAAGAAAGAAAAAAAAAGAAAGAAAGAAGAAGGCGCGCACGGGGACUCCAGCUGCGGCGGCAUGUCGGCGUCCAGAUGUGUCCUCCUGUCCCACAGCCAUGUUUAAACCCAUACCGGUGUCUCUCUGUCUUCUUCUCGCAGUGUUGGAACUACGGUCAGCUGAAGAUCUCGCUGCACCCCGAGAUGUCCGUUUCCACUCGGUGAACCUGAAGAACAUGGUGCACUGGAGCCCGGGAACAACCGACACCCCAGACUCCACCUACACGCUGGAGUAUGCGAUAUACGGAGAUGCUUCGCAUAUGGGCGGGGCCGUGGAGGUGGCGUGGAGGCGGGUGGAGCAGUGCACUAACAUCAAUCAGACGGAGUGUGACGUGACGGAGCAGACCAGCGACACGGAGGAGGAAUACUAUGUCCGAGUGAGAGCUAACAGGCUGAACGGCUGCUCCGAGUGGACCGAGACCAAGCGACGACUCCAACUCACCAACACCAUAUUGGGGCCUCCGGUGGUGAACGUAAGCAUGGUGGAGAACAAGCUACAGGUGAAGCUGAACGGCCCGUUCCGAUGGAGGAAACCAGGGAAGAAACGCCAGUCCAUGUUCAACAUCUUCCCUCACAUGAUGUACAACAUCAGUGUGUACAUCAACAGGAGCAAACACACGCUGUUCUUUCUGAUGAACAAAAAGCUCCUGCAGCACGGCCCCCUGGAGUACAACUCGGAGUACUGCGUGAAAGCCGAGGUGUUCUCGCAGUCCCUCAUUCUGAGCAGCGUGCCUUCCAAAUGGACCUGCGUCUCCACGGCCGACGACCCGGUUAAAUCUCAGAUGCAGCUGUUGAUGCUAGGGGGCGUCAUCCCCACCGCUGUAUGCCUUUUUGUUUUAGCUUCAGUUUGCAGUUUUGCAUAUUAUUACAUCUUCGGUCACAAACCAGGGCUACCCAAGAGCGUGCAGGACAUUAACGCGGAAAGGAAACUGCAGAUGUUUCAGCCAGAAAAGCACCAGCCCAGCAUAAAUGUGAUCAUCAUCAACAGCACCAACCUGAGCACAGGGGAAUCCAAAUUCAUCUUCCCCGGCUUGUUCCAUUCUGAAGCAGACGUUCUGGAGCGCUUGCUGCUUGUUCCCGUGGAAGGACCUCCAGGUGCGGCGUACGCAUCGCAGAACGUCCAGCAGACAUCCGAGGCACCAUCAGCAGGUCUACAGAGCAGCCAUGAAUCUCUGAAGGAAGAUUACGGUUUAGUGCGUCCGGGCGACCCGAUCCAGGUCCCCUGCUCCCCCUACAACCCGCAAGCGGCACCGAGAGGAAAUAACUCGUACAUGGUACAGACUGGAGCGCCAAAACCAGAACAGAUAUAUGAAGAUGAGGAAGAAGAAAAAAACGGAGAGAUGCAGACAUUUUGUACCUGGGUUCCAGACACUGGGAAGCUCCAGUUGGACUUCCCGCUGCUCAGCAGGGUCGGCUCGGAGACCACGGAGACAACAAAGAGGAAUGGAGACGUGGUGCUGCCCCCGAGCCGUCCUGUCCUCACCAGCGUGGUGGUCAAGCAGGCUUCAGAGGAGUCUUUAGAUAACGACUUGCUCCUGAAAAUGGAGCAAGACUGGGACCUGCAGGUCCAGAGCACCUCUGAGUAGAUCAUCCUUCCAUACCGAGGUCAAAUACAGCGAUACUGAUGAAACCUCAAACGCCCUUCUCACGUGUGAAGAUCCACCUGAGGGACGUUUUGGAUGCACAGAAACACUUUUAUCUCAUUGCGUACAACAUGAACUUUUACUCCGUUAUGAAAUUCAGCCAAAAUACAAAGAGAGAGAGAGAGAGAGAGAGAGAGAGAGAGAGAGAGAGAGAGAGAGAGCGAGAGAGAGAAAUUACAGUCUACAGUUUACAAAUGAUAACUGAACAUGUAGUGCAAAAUCCAAAACAACAUAAAUACAUAACAGUAUAUACACAACAAAUACACAACCAUUUAUUACACAACCAAAAAUACAUGACAGUAUGUAAACAACAAAUACACAAUCCUAAAUACACAAUAGACAAUAUAUGCACAACAAUAUAUAUAUAUACACAACCAUAAUAUACACCAGAAAUACACAAUAA